UCUUUCCUGACCGAUCUACCGCAGUAUCCCGCCCCUAGCAACACGCCCCUGGCACAGAGAAGACGCUCAGUGACUGUUACUGGAAUAAGCGGACGCAGGAGUACUCAAGCCCCACCCUCCAACCCGUUGGGCCCGGACAGCGGUCCCCACUGGGGCGCCUCGGAAAGCGAAGCGUCCUACCAGGCAGCCUCCGUGGGACCCAUGCGCGGUGGCCGCUGGGAAGUGUAGUCGCGCGCCCGCCGCGGCCCGGCGGUUACGGGAGAAAGGCUCCGCAUGCGCAGGCGCACUUCCGGCUUUGCCCCGCCGCUGCAGCCAUUGUCCGGCCCAGGUGCGGCGAAGGCCGACCCUCGGACUUCAGAGUUGCAGAGGACUGAACCGGCACCGGGGACUGGAGGAGCCGGCCCGAGCCCUGGACCCUGUCUAGGAGCCGGGCCCGGCGACGCAGGAAUGGCCCCAAGGCCUCCGACGGCCAGGCCGCAGGAAUCGGUGACAUUUAAAGAUGUGGCUGUGAACUUCACCCAGGAAGAAUGGCACCACAUGGAUCCCGCUCAGAGGCGCUUGUACAGGGAUGUGAUGCUGGAGAACUAUAGCCACUUGGUUUCUCUUGGAUAUCAAGUUUCCAAGCCAGAGGUGAUCUUCAAAUUGGAGCAAGGAGAAGAGCCAUGGAUAGCAGAGGGAGAAAUCCAAAGACCUUUCUGUCCAGACUGGAGGACCAGGCCUGAAGCCAAAUCUUCAAAUCAGCAGAGCAUAUCUGAAGUAUCCCUUAGCACAGAUGAUCCCUCAUGUGCCACGUUAGAAGACACUUGGGAUGUUAAUGGCCAGUUAGAGAGGCACAAGGAAAACUGGAAGAGACAUUUGGGGCCAGAUGCAUCCACCCAGAAGAAAAUAGUCACACCAGAGGAAGCUUGUGAGCAAAAUAAAUUUGUUGAAAAUUCUAGAUUGAACACAGACCUGGUUACACAACUGAACAUUCCUCCAAGGUCUAAUGAAUGUGAUACACUUGGGAGCAAUUUGGGACAUAAUUCAGACUUACUCAGUCAGAAUAAUAUCCUUGCAAAAAAGAAACCUUAUAAAUGUAAUAAAUGUAGAAAAGCCUUUAUUCAUAGGUCAUCAUUGACUAAACAUGAGAAAACUCAUAAAGGAGAUGGAACUUUCCCCAACGGUACAGAUCAGGGAAUUUAUCCUGGAAAGAAACACCAUGAAUGUACUGACUGUGGGAAAACCUUCCUCUGGAAGACACAACUUACUGAGCAUCAGAGAAUUCACACUGGGGAGAAACCCUUUGAAUGUAAUGUGUGUGGGAAGGCCUUCAGGCAUAGCUCAUCCCUCGGUCAGCAUGAGAAUGCUCAUACUGGAGAGAAACCCUAUCAGUGUAGUCUCUGUGGGAAAGCCUUCCAGCGCAGCUCCUCCCUUGUUCAACACCAGAGAAUUCACACUGGAGAGAAACCAUAUCGAUGUAAUUUGUGUGGUAGGUCGUUUAGGCAUGGCACAUCCCUCACUCAACACGAGGUCACACAUAGUGGAGAGAAACCCUUCCAAUGUAAGGAAUGUGGGAAAGCCUUUAGUCGGUGUUCUUCCCUUGUCCAGCAUGAGAGGACUCACACAGGAGAGAAACCUUUUGAAUGUAGCAUAUGUGGGAGGGCUUUUGGUCAGAGCCCAUCCCUUUAUAAACAUAUGAGGAUUCAUAAGAGAGGCAAACCUUACCAAAGCAGUAACUACAGCAUAGAUUUCAAGAGCUCAUCUCUUACUCAAGAUGAAAACACUCUCACUGAAGUGAAAUCCUAUCAUUGCAAUGACUGUGGGGAAGACUUCAGUCACAUUACAGACUUCUCUGACCAUCAGAGGAUCCACACUGGAGAAAACCCCUAUGAUUGUGAGCAGGCCUUUAGUCAACAAUCUAUUUCUCACCCUGGCGAGAAACCCUAUCAAUGUAAUGUAUGUGGGAAAGCUUUCAAAAGGAGUACGAGUUUCAUAGAGCAUCACAGAAUUCAUACUGGAGAAAAACCCUAUGAAUGUAAUGAAUGUGGAGAAGCCUUCAGUCGACGCUCAUCACUGACUCAACAUGAGAGAACACACACUGGAGAGAAACCCUAUGAAUGUAUCGACUGUGGUAAAGCCUUCAGUCAGAGUUCAUCCCUCAUUCAGCAUGAGAGAACUCAUACCGGAGAAAAACCCUAUGAAUGUAAUGAAUGUGGGCGAGCUUUCCGAAAGAAAACUAAUCUGCAUGAUCAUCAGAGAAUCCAUACUGGAGAAAAACCCUACGCUUGUAAGGAAUGUGGGAAAAACUUCAGUCGAAGCUCAGCUCUUACUAAACAUCAGAGAAUUCAUACACGAAAUAAACUCUAGGAACCUUGACAUUAGGGAAUGUGCCAAAAGCUUUAGCUAAAAUAUUGUUCUUAUUCAGUAUCAGAGGAUUCUUACUGGAGAGAAAGCUUGAGAAUGUAAUGAAUUGUGUGUGUGUAUGUGUGCACAUUGUGUGUGGAGAAAGCUCUGUGCUAGUAGACAGUGUUUUUUUUUAAUAAAAGCCACAUUCUCUGGGA